AUGGCAGAGCAGAUGAGUUGGGGCAAUAACUCUAACUGUGAAUUCUUAAAUAAAAAGUGCGUUAACAACGGGGAAACGAAGUUCCCCGAUAUGUUCUGCACAACCAAGAGCGGUGAUAACCCUAACAUUCCUGCAGGAUUACAGUGCACAUCUGACCGCCAGUCAUUGGGCACUUGCAGCAGCAUUGAAGCAAAAAAAACAGUUGAUAAUCUUGCAGAGCAUUUUCAAUAUUUUUCAGAGAACAAUAAGGUUGGUUCAGAAGAAUCUGAACAAAUGGAUUAUUGUCCUAUUAUUAUGGCAAAGAAAGGUUACAGUUGCAUCAAUGGUGAGCAGAGAAAUAAAAUGCCUGGAAGUUUAAUUGUUAACAACUCACGUUGUGUGGAGGGUAAUGAACUAAAGACUAUCAAAGAUGAAGCAGCAGUUGGUGCCGUGUGUGUGGAGGUGUCUUGCAAGUUCAACAAGGUAAUUGUGCGAUACAGUGGAAACGAUAAGUGGCACAGUUGUCCUGAAGGAAAAAAUCUAACUGUGAAUGGGAGUGUACUGAAAGGUGAAAUUGUGUGCCCCAAAUACGCUGAUGUGUGCAAUACAAUCAACAAAACUCUGGAUGAAUUACAAGGUCCACAAAAAGACCCAGACCCUGUUAAAGAAGUCCAAACAAGUCAACCAGAAGUCACUGAGACCACUGGAACACCCAAACCAACUGAAAAUGCUGGUAACCAGGGAGUUACUUCACCGGUGGUACAAAAUGAGGCAAUUACGACCACAGAAUCAAAACCCAGUGAAACUAAGGAAGGAAGAAUUACCUCAUCUGUGAGUGGGCAGAAUAAUAAUAGUACUGCGAAAAAAGGCGCUGAUGGUUCUUUUAAAGCUUCUCUUUUCGCGAGUGUUAUGUUUGUUUUCUUGACACUCUCUAUGAUAAUGUUGCCAUGA